CAGCAUAGAAAUAAUGCACAUCUUUUUAUUCGUGGAAAUUACGUUCAAAAAGAAAAUGUCAAUAGUAUAUGUAGACAACUAUGCCCUGUCACUAGGGAAACUAGCAGGCGGAAUUGCAUGCUCGUACUAAACGUGCGACAGAACAAUAGAUUCUGUAUCUAAUUAGCCACGAUUGGACACCCCGGCUCCACUGUCUGUGUGUUGUGGUUGGACGAGGUGUUACAAUAUCUUACUACGUUGUGCCAUUUUCUAUCACACUAGGAGUAUUGCUAUAAUAUGGCCGUGACUGUCUCACUUAUUCUGGCGACACAGUGACGUCAGCAGCUCACGAGAAUCUGGGUCUAUAUGCGUCAUCGAUCCAUGGAAACGCACGGUACUGUGAACUGAAAAUUUAAUGUUUUGUGUCGCUGUUCAAUCUUCUUUGUUAAAAAGUGUUCUGUUUUAAGAUUGCGCAUGCAUUUUGCCAGUUAUCGAUCGAAUAUUGAUUAGCAGUAAAAACAAAAUGGAAAGGAUGUCAAUUUUUCUUUUUUGAGCAAAUUGCAAGGAUUUACAAAUGUUGGCAAAUUCAGAAAGCUUACAUAAGAGCAGAACGUAGGUCAUCAUUUCGUGGUCUAUAAUCUGUGAAUAAUGGAUUUUCAUGAAUGCAGCCGAUAUAACGAGACAUGAAGAGGAUGUGUAAUUCUCGCACCGUAAACAAAACAUCGUGAGAUGCCAUCGACCGAAUACUAUCAGGCUGUUGUCGACCGAAAUCUAGACAGCGGCUCCUGUACUAGCCGAAAUCCAGCUCACUGUAUUCCUCCCAACCCGGACUCCACGCUGGUCAACUCUGAAGACAGUGAAAACAAUGCUGGCGGUAUGACGUUCUCCAAGAACAACUCCGACAUCAAGAGGGAUAAGGACAGCUCCUGUGGGGUGGAGGAGAAACCCAAGACCCGCAUCGACUUUGGGGAACAUUUCCCCGACGGAGGGUGGGGCUGGGUGGUGACAAUAGCCGCCUCCCUUGUGUAUGUUUUGUGUAAUGGAGUUCACCAUGCUUUUGGAAUCUUGUUUUUAGUUAUACAGAGAGAGAAGAAGAUCAAAAUAAGUGAUAUACAUACAGUAUGGCUCGGAACUGUCGGACUAAGUGUUUCUCUAAUUCUCACCAACGUGGUAUCCACGGUUUGCCAGAGGAAAAGUCCGAGGUCGUGUGCUGUAGUAGGGGGUGUUAUUUGUUCCCUGGGAGUGCUUCUUCUGUCAUUCUCCCACAAAGGGGAUCAGCUGUUCAUCAUCUAUUGUGGGAUUCUUUCCGUGGGGACAGGGAUAUGCCUGAGUACCGCCAGCAUUAUCGUGGGGCGGUACUUCUUACAGCGGAGGGAGCUGGCCGAGAUGUUUGUGACCUGUGGCACGGGGCUAGGGACCGUUGUCAUGGCAAUCUCUAUCUACGGUCUUAAUAGGUCAAUGAUGUGGACCAAGACCAUGCAGUGUGCGGUCGGAAUAUUUGUCCUCACGAUCGUAGCCGGAGCAUUCUAUCGCCCGGCAUCCAUGUAUCACCCUCGCCGGAAGAUGAUCAUGCACAUCAAAAACCAGAAAAAGACCAGGAGAGACCAGGAAGAAGUGGACCCGCCAUAUUUUGAUUUUAGUGCUCUGCGCAUGCGUGGUUUACAGGCUCUCAUGAUAAUUUCCAGUAUAGCUGCCUUUGGAAUUUUCGUGCCAUUUAUAAUUUUGGUGAAAAUCGGUUACGACCGUCAGCAACCGGAAGAAGAUCUCCUGCUUCUCGUCGUAUACCUCGGCCUCGGUUUCACCAUCGGAGUCCUUGCUCAAGGUUACAUCAUCAUUAAAGACAGCAAAAGCUGCUCCAUCUGUCGGCGAUGUCUGUGUCAAGCCAACUGCCUGGCGUGUGGGGCACUGACCCUACUUCUGUUGCUGGAAAAAGACUAUGACUCCUUGGCCCUGUAUGCUUGGGGCUUCGGGAUUUUCUGUGGAGGGUAUUACUACACCCUGAAAAUGUACACUUAUGAACUUGUGAAGUUUAAAAUCAUGGAGAGGGCUUGGGGUUUUGUUUGUGCUGCUCAAUGUUUACCAAUUCUUAUUGGAUCACCCAUAUCAUUGUACCUAAAUAGUACUCACCAGACUGAACACGCUGGCUUUAUUUUUGCCGGUGUGGCGAUGGUGCUAGCGGGCCUCUUGUUUUUCUUGAUGCCGGCAUUUGAAAGACACAAAUCGAAUUCAUUGGUCAGACAGAUGGCUAAAAACACGUGCAGCAAAAACAGCACCGAGGCUGCUGCUCUUUUGGAUCUUGACUUGACUGAUGCCAUGGUAACCAAACCGCUAAACAACGUCCAGUUUAUUGUGUCGCCCUCUCGAUUAAAACACACCAAUAAAGAGGGCGGGAAAUUUCAAAUGCAGUGUUUUAUUCACCAAAAAGAGAAGGAAAAGCCUAAACAAAUAGUUUUGUCAAAAAUCACAGAAGAGAAAGAAGGUCUACGAUUGGAUUUCAAUGAAGUGUCUCAUGGUUCCGUUUCCUCCAAAAACAAUGAAAACAGCGUACCGGAGAAAACGGAUCCGGACCCGCGAAAAACUAACAUUGCUGACUUCCCUUCCGACAGCAUACAGUCAAGUCACACAGGGAAGUCCAGUUCGGACAGCAGUUAUUCAAAGUCUGAGGGCAGAAAACUCAAGAAAAACAUUGAUAACGUCAAAAUUGAACUUUUUGACCCCCCUAGUCAGGAAAAGGAAUCAACAGCCACAGUUUCGUAUGACAGUGACCUCUACAUCAAUCUGUGCGAGGCCCAGGUGUAAACGAUUUUUUUUUCCUUUCUGAUAACGAAAGAGUAUGUUUAUCGAUAUACAUUUUCCUCAAUAUAUAUUUGUAUUAUACUGAAUGAGCUUGAUUGGACAACGUGACUGUGGUCUCUAUGGAAACAUUCUAUAUUUAGAGACGAUUUGAAUCGAAAGAAUGGAUGAUAAGAUAUAAGAAUAUUGACAGUGAAGUGAUAGUGGAGGUUUCUAACGAAUGAAGAAAUCAUUCCGUAUACUAGUAUAUACCAUACAUCAGUGGCCUCUAACUGAAAGGAAUUUACAAGUGUUUUUGUUGGAUUUUUUUUCGUAUUACACAAGUGGUACAUAAAUGGAACCAUCAUAUGCAUGAAGAUCGACCAAUUACUUAAAUGUUGGAUUUUUUUUAUAAUGACCUAACUACAUGAAUACUAUUAUAUCUAAUGAAUCAUUCCGCAAAACGUUGUUGCUUUGGAUGUACAUGUCUUUUGUGUUACGAAUUAUUGAAUGUAAAUUAAUUAUAUGUUACCGUCGCUAUAUUUACAGCGAACUUGUUUAUUUAAUAUCUCAAACAUAUUGUGUAUAAAUACUUUUAAUUAACAGCAAACGAUCUCAGAAACUAUGAUAUUUGUUAGCAAAAAUUUCUACUCGAACUUUGCAGAUAAACACUGUAUAAAAACAUUUUAAUUUUUAUUUCCUGGAGUUUUAGUGAAUUUUUCUGCGAAUAUUUUCUCUGCGCCAGAAUAAGUCAGAAUCUUUUGUACAUAUCUUGCGCUUCGUGCCAUACAUGUGCGUGUAUGUAUAAAUUACUUUUAAUAUGUGAACAAAAAUGUUUUGUUUGUAAUGCUUGAUAAAUAAAAUAUCGAUCUAUAUAUUACAUAUGAUUCUAUGAAUGUAAUAUGAUAUGAAAUGAAACAAGGGAAUGUUCAAUUGCACAGGAUCAAG